GCCCCGCGCGCUCGCCUUCUGGGAGUCGCCGCUGAGCCACGGGCUGAGCGUGCUGGUGGGCGCCGCCCUGUGCAUCACCAUGCUGGGCCUGGGCUGCACGGUGGACGCGAGCCGCUUCGGGGCGCACGUCCGCCGCCCGCUGGGCGCGCUGCUGGCCGCGCUCUGCCAGUUCGGCUUGCUGCCGCUGCUGGCCUUCCUGCUGGCGCUCGCGCUCAGGCUGGACGAGGUGGCCUCGCUGGCCGUGCUCCUGUGCGGCUGCUGCCCCGGCGGGAACCUCUCCAACCUCAUGGCCCUGCUGGUGGACGGCGACAUGAACCUCAGCAUCAUCAUGACCAUCUCCUCCACACUUCUGGCCCUGGUCUUGAUGCCCCUGUGCCUGUGGAUCUACAGCCGGGCCUGGAUCAACACCCCUCUGGUGCAGUUACUUCCCCUGGGGGCAGUGACCCUGACCCUCUGCAGCACCCUCAUCCCCAUCGGGCUGGGCGUCUUCAUCCGCUACAAAUACAACCGUGUGGCCGACUACAUCGUGAAGGUUUCCCUGUGGUCUCUGCUAGUGACACUGGUGGUCCUUUUCAUACUGACCGGCACAAUGUUAGGACCUGAACUGCUGGCAAGUAUCCCUGCAGCUGUUUACAUGGUUGCCAUUUUUAUGCCUUUGGCAGGCUAUGCCUCAGGCUAUGGCCUGGCUACUCUUUUCCACCUCCCUCCCAACUGCAAGCGGACUGUGUGCCUGGAGACGGGCAGUCAGAACGUGCAGCUCUGCACUGCCAUCCUAAAACUGGCUUUCCCACCACGCCUCAUAGGAAGCAUGUACAUGUUUCCCUUGCUCUAUGCCCUUUUCCAGUCUGCAGAAGCAGGGAUUUUUGUUUUAGUAUAUAAAAUGUAUGGAAGUGAAAUACUGCACAAGCAAGAUCCUCUAGAUGAAGAUGAAGAUACGGAUAUUUCUUAUAAGAAACUAAAAGAAGAGGAAAUGGCAGACGUCUCCUAUGGCACAGUGAAAGCUGAUAAUUUAAUAAUGAUGGAAACCGCCCAGACUUCUCUCUAAACAUGGAGAUACAUAGGAGCUUCUAUCUUGCUAAAAUAGUAAUCCAUGUUUAUGGCCUGUGGUAGUGCACGUGGUUUACGUAGAGGAUAAUUGGUUUGCACAGUAUGUGUAACGCUUUUGAUCUUUCCAUUGUAAAGUUGCACUGCGGUAGUAACCUAGUGUUUCCAUAGAUUACAAAUCAGUGUCUUACUAUGACUUCCACGUGGUUCAGCUACAGUGAAGCUCCAUCUAGUUCAAUAUGCUUUUUGGUUUUUGCCAUUACCAAUUGCUAUGACUGCUUCACAGAUAGAAACUACUGUAUUAGAAAACAGGGUCUGGAAAUGUAGAGUUUUGGUGCACUGUCUCGUCUGAGUAAAUAUAAGCUAACUAUAAAGCAUGAUUGAGUUUACUAUAAAACAGAAAAGCGUGCGUGCUCAACUUGUACACACUGAACUGUAACAUCUAACAUACAGGGGAAGGGGGAAACCAGCAGAGACCACCAGGCUUGUGUAAAAGCAACAUGGCCUGGAAUUUAUUGUGCCUGGGCGCAGGCAGAGAGCGGGAUAAGACCAUGUGCCCUUGUUGGGGAAGGAGGGAACAAAGACAAGUGUGUCUUUUAUAGGGACGGAGAGGAGGCACAGGACAUCAGGUGGGAAGAUCUCAAUAAACAUCCGUGGUCAAACGUUUCUGGCAGUCUUGCGUCUCCGAGCAGAGUCCUUGAAGUGUCCAGUGUAAAUUUUGGGGUGUCUCCAGACGUCCCCAGAAUCUGCAGAAUGCCUUGUCCUAUCUUAUCUCUUUUCCUGUGCUUGCCCUGACAACUUCAGUACGGAGCUGAGUUCCCUGCUGGGAGACAGUCGUGCUUCUGCUGGCAAGCAGGCUGGGCGCUGGGAGAGUCACAUUAACAGUGUUCAAUUCUGACCUGUACUCAGAAAACUCCCCAGGUCAAUGGCACGGUAAAAUACUUGGUCAAAAAAGUAUUUCAUUGUCAAAUCAGAAAAAAUUAAUGUCUUUGAUUACUUGAUCUGAUAUCUGCUUAUUGUAAACGAGCCAUAAACAUUUUUCCAGU